GGUUUUAGCUCUUUAAAAAGUGUACACAAAAGAACGCACAGCUUUUUAACGCAUUUAUUUGCAGAAGGAUCAUGCCAGCGUGAUUUUGACAUUACGUGUCGGCAUUUAAUUCAAAAAUACACAAUCAUUGAUGGUCAGAAAUUGAAAGUUUGGAGAAUUAAUACGUUUAAACACGCAGACAGAAUUAUCGUCCUAUCGUGAAUAUUCUUUAUUGCAAAGUCGAAUUUUUAAGGAUUCGAUUCAUCGACGGAGCUGAAAUCCUUAAAAGACAUGUCAUACAUUAACACUGCAAUUGAAAGCUCGAUGGAUGAUGUAUCGGGGAUCGGCAUCCAUGAUCCUGUAGAAGGGAAUGAUGAUCACGUAGGUGAACAAAGUCCAAAAAAAGCCGAUAUUUCAAAGAGAUCUACACAUUCUGUUUGGUUUGAAAAAAUCUUUGGUCCUUUGGGAAAAUAUGGAAAAUUGAAAAAAGACCAAUUUGUCGCGGGUGCAAAGAAAGUUGAGGGUUUCGCCGAAAAUUUAUUUGCGAUCUUUGACUUUGAUGAAAAUGGCAGAGUGAGUCUUCAGGAACUCGGCGGUGGUUUACUUCUUCUAUGGCAACGCCAUGGAAAGAAAAAGAACAAUAAAAUAUGCCAGUGGUUCACGGAUUAUUUUGAAAAAAUAUGUGGCGCAGAUGCAGAUAUUGAACUGUCGGAUUUCAAGGCAGCUCUUGACGACACAACGUUCUCGCAAAAGCUGUUUGAAUUAUUGGAUAGUGACCAAGAUGGUGAAAUCGACCUCAAAGACUUAUUGAGUGGUUUGGAUCGGCUAGAAUGCGCCUCAACCGAUUCAAAGUGGUAUCAGUGGAUUGAGGAACAAUUCAACGUUUCUAUAGCACACGACCGCAAAAUUGAUUUUGAGCAAUUUAGGAAGGCUUUGCAUUUAGGAAAGACAUUUUUCGCCGAACGGUUUUUCACAUUGUUUGACGAUAAUGGCGAUGGAAAGAUCGACAUGACAGAACUUGUUGCAGGAUUAGAACUGUUGACCAAAGGAAGCCAGAUGGACAAGUUAACAUUUUUAUUCAGGGUCUAUGAUCUCGAUGGUAACGGUUACUUAAGCCAGAGUGAAGUAAGAACGGUGAUACUCUCAUGCGUGGAAGAAAGCAAACUAAAGCUUGAUGAUCAACAAAUUGAUGAGCUGCUGGAGGUCCUCUUUGAAGGAAUGGAUACAGACAAUAGUGGAGAAAUCGGUUUGGACGAGUUUAAAACUUUUCUUGCCAAUUAUCCUGACAUCGCAGAAAACUUAUCGAUAAGCGGUGGUCAUUUGCUAAAGCCUCCUGCUGCUCAGAAGAAAAAGAUGUCCAGUUACAUGCCGAAGCGCUUGAAAUGGAAAUACAUCAAGAAAAAUCCAGUGAAGGUGUUUUUCGUUUCCUUGUAUGCUCUUAUAAACAUUGGGUUAUGUAUUUGGAUUGGUGUGAAGAGACGUAACGAAGGUGUCUGGGUGAUUUUGGCACGUGUCAACGGCAUGUGCCUAAAUUUCAACUCAACUUUAAUACUCGUGCUAAUGAUGAAAGGUUUACUCACUUGGCUGCGAUCUACAAGAUAUGGAAAAUUCUUUCCAAUUGAUCAGCAUAUCAUUUUUCAUAAAUCCGUUGCCAUCAUUAUAACGGUCAUGUCAAUUCUGCAUUUUUUCGGCCACCUUGGUCGUUACAUCGACACUGGUAAAAACGUAGCAGAGCACAUGUUUACCGUAAAUAAGGAAGGCUGGGUUGACGGAUCUGCCGGCUUGACUGGAGUGCUGCUGUUGCUGAUUCUCUUUGCAAUGUUUGUGCUGUCUCAACCGUUCGUAAGAAAAAGAGGAUUUUUUGAACUGUUUUACUUCACGCAUCACAUGUACGUGUUUUGGUGGAUUCUGCUUAUACUUCAUGCGCCCGACUUUUGGAAAUGGUUCAUAGCUCCGGGUGUGCUUUAUCUGGCUGAAAGAGUCUUGCGUCUGAGGGUUGUGAACAGAGCGCGUUACGGCAAGACCAUCAUAGAAGAAGGAAUAACAUUACCUUCAAAGGUAACUCAUUUAGUAAUACGAAGGCCACCGAAUUUCAAUUACAAGCCGGGUGAUUAUGUCAUCGUAAACAUACCAGCGAUUGCAAAAUACGAGUGGCAUCCAUUCACGAUCAGUAGCUCACCUGACAUGGCUGGUUUUAUUUGGCUGCACGUUCGCGGGGUCGGCACAUGGACAAAGAAAUUGUACGAACACUACGAAAACAUAGAGAAGGAGGAGUGUAAACAAAAGUCGGUAAAACGGGGAACAAUAAGGAAAAGAAAGGCUGCCAGUAUCAAAGAUAAGGAGAGGCGAACGCAACAAACAAUUCGAAGUCGUUAUGCAACAAGCGUGAAACGUCAUCGACUCGAAACGAUUGAAGAAGUGAAAGUUGAACAAAGACGAAGUAGCAUGCCAAACAUGUCAUGUGAAGAUCUAUUGGAAGUCGUUAGUGAAUAUCCAUCAGCUAUAGGAGGAGAAGAAAUCAAUGGCAACUCCAUUUAUCCUAUGAAUAAUGUAAACACUAGAGGCUUAGUACAAAACGGACAAUUACGACGUCGUACUGUUGUAAACGACUCGGAAAAGCUUAAAAUCUACGUUGAUGGUCCAUAUGGAGCGCCAGCUACACACUUCACUGAGGCCGAACAUGCAGUGCUAAUCUCAAGUGGAAUCGGCGUGACUCCUUUUGCUUCGAUCCUUCAAACAAUCAUGCUGCGAUACAAAAAUGCCUCACACUCGUGUCCUAAAUGUAACUACUGCUGGGUGGGUGACGUGCCCUAUUCCCUACGUAAACUUCGUAAGGUUGAUUUCAUAUGGAUCAAUCGCGAUCAGCACUCUUUUGAAUGGUUCUUGAGUUUGCUCAAUCAACUUGAACUGGAGCAGUCGGAGAACGAAGGAGCACUCAACGAGCAUUUUCUGGACAUCCAUAUUUACAUGACAUCGGCGUUGCGAAAGGAAGACAUGAAAGCGGUUGGUUUACAAUUGGCACUUGAGCUUCUCCACUCGAAAAAGGAAAAGGAUUUGAUCACGGGCUUAAAGACGAAAACAAAUCCUGGCAGACCGAAAUGGGAUAAAGUAUUCCAAGAACUGAAAGAACAGAAUCAUGGAAAGAUCUCUGUAUUUUAUUGCGGAAAUCCAGCAUUAGGUACAGUCCUAAAGCAAAAUUGUCAUCAGUUUGGCUUUGCUUUCAGACAAGAAAACUUUUAGGCAUUCAUCGUGUAAUUAGUAUGUGGCAAGCGUGGGGUCGACAUUACUUGUAAACGAGACGUUUUAUUUAGAAACAACUCAGUUGUGAUUCAAAAGUUUACACAUCUUGUCUGAUGGAAGCAUAUCAUGAUACAGAAGAGCGUUCUUAGUUAGAGUCGAACAGCGCAAAUAGCUUCUCGAAACCGUUUGCAUCAUGCAAGUCGUCUUAUACACUGUAAUAUAAUUAUAUUUUUAAAAUAGAAUAGAAAAUUGAACAUUUUUGGAAAAAUAUCAAUCGUAAGUUAUCUGUCGUUAAUCGACUAAAAUUGUUAUAAACGCAAACCACGUGUUAAUUGAUUUUGUUCAUGUAUUAGGUCACAUAUAAAAUCGAUAGUAUUCAUUAUUUUUCAAAAUGAAUGAAUAUGCCAUAAUCAACUUA